AUGAGUCUAAGAUUCGAUCUCAAAGACAUAUUGAACGGGAAUCUAAAGGUUCUUGAUGAUUUGACAUCCAAUGUGAAGCAAAUACAAGACGAUGUACUCAAGGAGAUACUCACACUCAACGAAGACACGGAGUACCUCCACCGCUUCCUCCAUGGAAGCUCUGAUAAAGAGCUCUUCAAAACGAGCGUACCAUUUGUGACCUACGAAGAUGUUCAGCCUUAUUUAGACCGUCUCGCGAAAGGGGAGCCUUCCAAGGUUCUUUCAGCUCUACCCAUUACUGGAUUCCUUUUAAGCUCUGGAACUUCAGGAGGGAAACAAAAGAUAUUGCCUCUGAACGACAAGUACUUGGAGAACAUGAGAUUCAUCUAUGACCUACGCUCGCUUAUUAUAUCAAAACAUGUCGAUGGUGUUGAGCAUGGAAAAGGGAUGAUGUUUCUUUUAUUAAGAGAGGAGUCCACAAGUACAAAAUCCUCUUGCUUUCCAGCCACGUUUGCAACUUCGAGUUUCUUCGAAAGCAAGUACGUCAGAGACCGGCCAACGUACUGGUACAAUUCCUACACAAGCCCCGAUGAAGUCUUUUGGUGUCCAGACAACAAGCAAAGUUUGUACUGUCACCUUCUAUGUGGCCUUGUCCAAAGAGAUGACGUUGUAAGAAUCGGGGCUGUUUUUUCUCCAAUCGUGGUUCGAGCAAUCACUACUCUUGAAACUUACUGGAGAGAGUUGUGCGCUAAUAUCCGAUCAGGUCAAGUAAGCGACUGGAUCACCGACCUAAGUUGCAGAGCGUCAGUCUCUACGAUACUUAAAGGACCUAAUCCAGGAUUAGCUGAUCUUAUACAACAAAUUUGCAGCCACAAGUCAUGGCAAGGUAUUAUCCGACAACUUUGGCCUAAUGCCAAAUAUAUUGAAGGCGUUUUCACAGGUCAGAUGGCUCAAUAUGUUCCAACAUUGGAGUUCUACUCCGAUAAACUACCUCUCAUUUCCCCAACUUAUGCGUCGUCCGAAACAUUUUUCGGGAUUAACGUGAAUCCUCUGUGCAAGCCACAAGAUGUGACCUACACGUUUAUGCCCAAUAUCGCGUUCUUUGAGUUUUUACCUGUUGAUAAAGAAAGCAACAACGACAUUGUUGAUCUUGCGGACGUGAAGUUAGGGUGUUACUACGUGCCAUUGGUCACAACUUAUUCCGGUUUAUACAGAUAUAAAAUGGACGAUAUAUUACAAGUGGCUGGAUUUCACAACAAGGCGCCUCAGUUUAGAUUCGCACGUAGGAAGAACGAGGUUCUAAGCAUCCAAUCAGAGGGAACAACAGAAGUAGAACUUCUAAAAGCAGUGACUAAUGCGAAACUCGUUCUAGAAUCUUCGGAUUUGAUGUUGAUGGACUUCACCAGCUGUGCCGAUAUCUCCACUACUUCUACUCCAAGUCACUACGUUCUUUAUUGGGAACUCAAAGCCAAAAACUUGGACAACACCAGUACUAAAGUCGAUGACAAGGUAUUGGUGGAAUGUUGCCAUGUGGUGGAGGAAUCAUUGAACGCUUCCUAUAGAAAAGAGAGGACUAAGGAAGGAGCCAUUGGAGCUCUAGAGAUAAGAGUGGUGCAAAAUGGAACGUUCGAUGCGCUUAUGGAAUUUUUCGUCUCUCGUGGUGCUUCCGUGGCUCAGUACAAGACCCCCUUAUCCAUAAAAUCUACAGAGGCUUUAGCGGUUCUCGAAAGUAAGGUUCUUGCUCGGUUCUUCAGCGAGAAAUCUCCUCCUAUCGACCAUUGA